UGGGUCUCAGAACUUCCGGCAGAAAAUGCUGGUUAUGGUUAGCAAGUUGAUCAGAACAAAAGAUCCAGAUUUAGCCGACCCUGCUGAAACACAGCAACAAACACAACUCAAGAAAGUGCUCACGACCUUAGACUUGACCUCUUUGGGAGUGGGAAGCUGUGUUGGCACAGGAAUGUACCUGGUGGCAGGCAUGGUAGCGCAUAAAGUGGCCGGUCCCUCCGUUGUUAUGUCUUUUAUUGUAGCAGCGGUGGCAUCACUCUUCUCAGGAGUAUGCUAUGCAGAAUUUGGCGUCCGCGUUCCUCAUACUACAGGCUCUGCAUACAUGUACAGUUACGUGACAGUAGGAGAAUUUAUUGCCUUUGUUAUCGGUUGGAAUAUGGUACUGGAAUACCUCAUAGGUACAGCAGCCGGUGCGUGUGCCAUCAGCGCAUGCGUAGAUGCUAUGGCGGGUGGGUCUAUAAGUUCUGCAAUUAAAAAUGGCCUUGGCACGUUUAUUGGCCACACGCCCGACUUUUUGGCUGCCUUGAUCACCUUUUUCAUGACAUUGUUGAUGGUGGCAGGUGUAAAGAAGUCGUUGCUAUUCACCAACAUUCUAAAUGCUGUCAACCUUUCUGUUUGGGUUUUCAUCAUGGCUGCCGGACUUUUCUACGUAGACACUAGCAACUGGAGUGCUCACGGAGGAUUUAUGCCUUUUGGUUGGUCCGGGGAUUCCCUAUUUCGGGUACGACAUCAUAUAAUAAGUAAGAGCCAAGGUUACGGUUACGGUAGAUUCUUCAUUUUCCGCACGGGUCUCGAGCAGUAUGCAUCGUUACACCAAUGCGGAGCCGACAUACAUUUCAUGAAUGGGGCUGCACAAGGAAAUGGAUUAGCUGCUCAAAGAAUGUACAGGGAGGUCUUACCUGAACUUUUGGCUGAUGUUCCUCCAGCUGUUCGCAGACGAAUAUGGUUCCAACACAAUGGAGCCACAGCUGACUUCAGCCGGAACAUCAGGAAUCACCUGGACAGUCUACGUCCAGCACUGCAUAGGGUGGGGAGGGCCAGUUCUCUGGCUACCGUGUUCUCCUGA